AUGGAUGCUUACUCGAUCUCUUUCACCAGCGUUUCUCAACGAAGCUUCUCACGAGUUUGGAGAGACCUCAAAUCCUGUCGCCAGUACAGCAUCGUAGAGAUGACUGAAGACAUCUCAGAGACUCCAAGCUUAGGGCAGCGGAUAGGAGAGCGCCGAGCACGCAGUUCCGGUCGGAAACCUCAUGUCGGAGUCAUUGGUGCGGGUUUAGCCGGCUUACGUUGCACGGAUAUCCUCCUCCAGCAUGGCUUCGAAGUAACUUUGAUUGAAGGCCGAAAUCGACUAGGAGGACGAGUGCAUCAGUCAACUUUGCCGUCGGGGCAUAAAGUGGAUGCGGGGCCCAACUGGAUCCAUGGUACUAACGAAAAUCCCAUCUUGGACCUUGCCAAAGAGACCAAAACUAUAGUUGGAAAGUGGGAUGAGAAAAGCUCAGUCUUUGAUGAGAAUGGCGAACUAGUUCCUCUUUCCGAUGCUACGGUCUACUCGACCAUCAUGUGGGAUGUUGUGGCCGAUGCAUUUGCUUACAGCAAUAAGCAUUCUGUCACGAUAAGUCCGGAUGAAAGUCUUUGGGACUUCUUCCAGAGAGAGGUCCCUAAAAGGAUACCAGAAAGCGAGUCAGACUUUGAAAAGAAGAGGAAUAUCGUAUAUCAGCUUGCCGGCCAGUGGGGCGCGUUUGUUGGGAGCCACAUUUUCACGCAAAGCUUAAAGUUCUUCUGGCUGGAAGAAUGUAUAGAUGGAGAGAAUCUAUUUGUUGCGGAUACUUACGACAAGAUUCUCCAGCUAGUCGCAAAGCCAGCUGUUGAAGGAGCAGAAAUUAAAUACGAGACGAUCGUCAAUAAAAUACAAACCACCAAUGACGACGGUGGAGUAUUGAAAGUCUACACCGAAGGCGGGGAAAGUUUCGAAUUUGAUGAAGUUGUUUUCACGGCACCGCUCGGCUGGUUGAAACAGCACCCAGACGCCUUUGAACCUGCCCUUCCGUCUAGAUUAACUAAGGCUAUCAAAAACAUAGGAUAUGGUUGCCUUGAGAAGGCCUACAUCAACUUCCCGAAAGCAUUCUGGGCCUCCACUCAAACCAAGGAUAGUGCAGUUCAGGGAUUCUGUCAAAUGCUUGCCCCAAGCUAUACCGCCGACUCGAACCCGCACAAGUGGAAUCAAGAAUUCGUCGAACUAGCUUCUUUGGAACAAUCUGCGGCUCAACCAACACUCCUUUAUUACUUUUAUGGCGACCAGUCGAAGUUCAUCACCGGCGAGCUGGCAAAACUUCACACAAAGGAAAAGCAAGACGCGUUCCUAAUCGAUUGGUUCAAGCCGUAUUAUUCACGCCUUCCUAAUUACGACGAGAGCUCUCCGGGCUGUCAGCCGAUAGGCUGCUACGCCACUGAGUGGCUCAACGACGACCUUGCGGGCAACGGCAGUUAUAGCAACUUCCAAGUAGGUCUCGAGGAAGGCGAUGUGGAUAUCGAAACCAUGAGAAAGGGUCUUCCAGACCGAGGUCUGUGGCUAGCCGGCGAACACACGGCACCUUUCGUUGCCCUAGGGACAGCUACAGGUGCAUACUGGAGUGGCGAAUCAGUUGGGAAGAGGAUCGCCCAAGCUUACUCUAGAGGAGAAGAUGGUAUCAUGGUUUUGAACUAACCCAAGUGAGGGCUAUACGCCACGUUGAGAAGCAUAUUUGGUUAUUAACGCUGAGAGGCAUUAGGAAUUCCCCACCCUAUCUGGUAUUUAAGUUAGAGGAGUCGGUCUUGGCGGGUUGCAUAUAGGUACCUCAUAACUGCAUAGCUUGAGCGCCUCCUAUUACCUCACUUAGAGUAGAAGCACAUUGAAACAGCGCUUAUGAAUAGGUAGUUAGUUUCAUUAGCAAUAUUACACUAGGUACUUAGCGAAUCUGAGCGGAGACUUUCUUCACGGCCUCAUCCCCUGGUAACUAAUAGAUACUUACCUAUGUGGCUUCUAAGAAUCACAGAAGUGUGGCAGGAGGGAUAUACCUUAGGUAUGCGAUGAGCAUGAAGCUUUUAUUACAUUGCACAUAGGAAAGAGUAUACCUAAACUAAAGCUGAGAAUCAUUGCAUUGGUCGCAAGUAGGAU